GCUAAUGAUAUGAGUAGGAAAGGUCCUACUUUGAAUAUCCUCCCAAGCCGCCUCUGAAUACUAUACUCUGAUACUCUGUAUUUGUAAUUGUUGUAUAUAUACCCGAAGCUGGGAGCUCAAUAUACAGAAAUCGCAGAUUCACAGAAUUCUUUACCCUGCUCCUCUCUGUUCUUUCGUCAUUCACAUUCAUACAAAUCGAAGGAGGAAGACGAUUAAGAUUUCGGUCAAACAAAGUCAAACCCAAAAAAAAGCUGAAUAAAUUCCAAGAACUGAGGGAGUGGUCGGGGGAUGGAGCCGGCGGAUCUGGGGAUAUUACGAGGUAGUAGUAGUAGUAGUAUUAGGGGCAGCCUGAGAGGGAGCAGCAAUUCCAUUUGGAGGAACACUGGGGCUGAAGUGUUCUCGCGAUCAUCGCGCGACGAGGAUGACGAAGAGGCGCUCAAAUGGGCCGCGCUGGAGAAACUCCCGACCUUCGACCGCCUCAGGCGCGGCCUGCUUUUCGGACCCGGUGAUGGACCGGUUUCCGAGGUUGAUAUCAACAAUCUCGGAUACCAGGAAAGGCAGGCCUUGCUUGGUAGGCUCGUCAAGGUUGCUGAUGAAGACAAUGAGAAGUUCUUGAUCAAGCUCAAGGAUAGAAUUGAUAGAGUUGGGAUUGAUAUGCCAACCAUAGAAGUGAGGUUUGAGAAUUUGAAUAUAGAGGCUGAUGCCUAUGUGGGAAGUAGAGCUUUGCCUACUUUCAUCAACUUCACUACCAACUUCAUCGAGGCUUUCAUGGGCCUCUGCGAGCACCUCCGAAGGGUGGAUCAAAUGAGGGAGGCCAAGGGUGCCGUCGAGGGGGAGGCUGCCCUCCUCAGGAAGAAACUCGCUGAAGCCGAGGACUCUCUACGGCUGGCCACCGACGGCAUGGAGCAGAGGUUGCAGGCAGCAAGGGCCGAAGGGGUCAAUGAGGGGCUAGCCAGGGCCGGGGAGGCCGCCGCCGAGGCCGCCCGUAUCGCUGCCGAUGAAGCCCGCGCGGCUCAAGAAGAGGCCGUCUCCAAGGCCCGAGAGAAUGCGGUGGCCAGCUUCGUGGCCGAGGGGUGGAAGGCCGAAGACCGGAGGGAGUGGCUGGCUUCGGUGGUGGGGGCUUCAGUAGAUGAGUGGGUCGGGGGCCCCGGGAAGAUGUGGCUUGCUGAGAGGGGCGACUCGUACUACCAAGGCGGGGAGUUCUUCACCCAACGCCUCAUCUACCGGAAGCUUGCGAAGCACUUCCAGGUGGCACCGGAGGAGUUCCGUCCCGAGGCUUAUGGCCUCCCCCCCCCCCCGCCAGCCAGAUGUAAGGAUCCCGCUCCCCGAGGGGGAAGAGAGACCGGUUCUUGAAGACUCGGAGACCCUCCGGGAGUGCGGCCUUGGUGGUGAAGAGGAUGAAGCCGAGAGUGAGGCGAUAUCUACAGUUCCCCCCUCUUAAAUUGUACUUCCCCCUUUUGGUGUUGUAAUUUGUUGGCCUCGGCCCCCUUUG